AUGGCGCAGUCGAAAUAUGCAUCACGUAAUGUUGAUAAUACAUCUGAACUGAAACAAAAUUUACGAUAUUCCGAUAUCGGUGAUCUACCAGAUCAAACACUAUUACCAAUAGAUGGUUAUCAACAUCGUAAGCGUCUUCCGUUAGAAUUAGCUUUGAAAUCAGUUAAAGAUCUAUCAAAUAUCGAUUCAAAAAUUGAAACAGCUAAAGAAAACUGUCAACAUCCGUCUGACGGUCUCACACGGGAUGAAUCAGCAGCUAUUCAAAUUUACACUAUGGAAUGGUCGCCACAUAAAACAUGUGUUUAUUAUUUGCUAAAUCGAGCAUUACGCUUAGAAAAUCGUGAGCUUUUAAAGCCUUGGUUCAGCUAUUUAAAAUUGAUAUUAUCAGGAUUAUAUAAACUUGAAUCGUUUAAAGGCACUGUUUGGCGCGGCGUUAAAGUCGAUUUAAGUCAAGAAUAUCCAACGGGUGCAACAUUUAUUUGGUGGGGUUUCAGUUCGUGUACUCUCACUUUGGAUAUAUUACAGUCAGAACAAUUUCUCGGAACGACCGGUCCAAGAACACUGUUUAAUAUUUACUGCGAGAACGGAAAAGACAUUCGAUAUCAUUCAUAUAUAAAAAGAGAAAAUGAAAUCCUAUUAUUACCGGGUAGAAAAUUUCGAGUAGUAGGGAAUGUUGAAAUUGCGCCGCAUGCACAUAUCAUAGAAUUGAAAGAAAUAGUUCCGAAAUUUCCGUUAUUAGCUGAUCCUACAGACACGUCCGAGAUAAUAGGUGAAGAUGAUGAUGAGGGUGUCUUACAGUCGAUGGGAACCUAUGUUCAAGAUAUCAUUCGAAAACGUCGUACUAGCUCUAGUAUCGAAAUUAAUGGUCAGCAACUAAAUGAUCAAGAUAUAGAGUUGGUAGCAAAUGAAUUAAAAUCGAAUAGAAAUUGGCUUACAAUGGACUUGGCAUCCAAUUGUAUCACUGAUAGUAGUGUUAAUUAUCUUUGUGAAGGACUAAAUAAUAAUUGUAAACUAUCCGUGCUAUACGUUUGCAAUAAUCGAAUAUCAGAUCGUGGUACAAAAUCAAUUGCAGGAACAUUACAAACGCAGCGCACAUUAAAAGAAUUAAGUUUAGCCAGGAAUGGUAUUACGGAUCGUAGUUGUGGCGCAUUGGCAGAUAUGUUAAAAGUGAAUGAAGCAUUAGAGAAACUUUUAUUAAGUGAAAAUGAAAUUACGGAUAAAGGAAUACAUCAUAUUUUAUGCGCACUAACAAUAAAUGAUAGUUUGAAAGAACUGGAUCUUCGUACAAAUCGGCUCACAGAUAAAUGUAUUGAUGAUAUUGUAGUAAUGUUAGAAAAAAAUUCUACAUUAACAGCACUAAAUUUACAAGAUAAUCAUAUAAGUGAACAUGGUCAACAACGUAUCGAAAAAGCGGCUCAAAAAAAUAAGAAUUUAACUGAAUUACAUCUUUGA